CCCCCCGGUGACGUCACGCGCCGUAAUUAUUUCCAUUGAGCCGAGUGUGCGCGAACCGAGUCGACGGCAAACGAACGCCGUCCCGGAGCCAACGAGAAUUACAUCUUUUCUAGUACGCGUCCGACUUUUAGCAAGUACGUUCGUUACCGCAGGCCACAGCGCGAGGCCGUUAUUUAGUGCGAAGUGUGACAGUGUGUUGUGAAUGAAGGUUGACGAGUGAAAUACAUCUUAAUUUAUAAUUUUUGUAUCGUAAAAGUGCACGCAGUGUAAGCGCCCCCGCUCGCCCGCCGUUUGUUGACGCGGGUCUGGCUUUCUAUUGAGCGCGCUGGACGACCGAAUCGAUGAAGAGCCACGGUCGGCCAGAAUGACAACUCGCACAUUGAUCGAGAACUCUUCAAACCAAUGGUGAUUGGAUGACGAUCUCAGCUCGCUCCCCGGAUAAGGAGCCGACGCCACCAAAGCAGAUCAACUACGCAGAGCCUCUCGUCGAGUCCGUGCGCGUGUACCUCGCCAAUGAGCUGCCCACAAAGCAGCUAGCGCUGGUGCCCCGCGCCGCGUCGCCGCCCGUCAGCCAAGUGUGCCAUGCGGACAUCGUGACCGACACGGCUCACGAAGACAUCAAAGGCAUCAAUUUCGAGGCUCGUCUCAACCGAAAUGACCUAAACAACAACGCGUCACGCCGUCAAAACGAAACACGUGAAAUGCCAAACCAAGCUGAACUCAUGCAGCGGCAACCGCUGCUGGCUCGCAACGUCAAGUUGGACGCGCCUCAACCGACCACGGACGAGUCCGAUCCAGAUCAGGACCACUCCCCACAGCGCACCCACGCCGGUGACUUCAUAGUCGAACUGCCGCCGGGCGCUGUCAGAGAGGAAAGAUAUCCAAAAGAAAUAUGGAAGACUAUAAUUUCAUUCUUCUUCCUUUUCAUAUGUGUAUGCAUAAACAUGAUGUCUCUGUCGCUCGUCCACGAGCGACUUCCAGACAGAAAUACGACGGCCCCAUUGAACGAUAUAGUGCUUGAUAAUAUAACGGCGCGGGACUGGGGACUGGCGGUGUCCGAAUAUCUCAUCAUGAUAUCGACUACUGUGGCGAUGCUAGUAGUAGUUUUCCACAAACAUAGAUUCAUCGUCGCGCGCCGUUUGUUUUUCAUUAUCGGUCUGUUGUAUUUGUACCGAUCACUCACCAUGUUCGUAACCGUCCUGCCCGUAUCGAGCACAACAUAUUACUGCAGUCCGAAGAGCAACAAUACGACACCGCUUCUCGUCAUAAGAAGAAUGUUCUAUUUGAUAUCGGGAUUCGGCCUCUCUAUCAACGGAAAGCAUACAUACUGUGGAGACUAUAUUUACUCGGGACACACCAUGGUACUAGUGUUGAGUUAUCUCAUAGUCGCAGAAUAUUCACCAAAGAAACUGUGGCCCGUCCAUUGGGCGAUGUGGGGCUCCGCCCUGCUGGGAGUGUCGUUCGUGCUGCUCGCCCACGGGCACUACACGGUGGACGUGGUCAUAGCUUAUUACAUAACAACCAGACUGUUUUGGACAUUCCACUCGCUGCUGGUGACGCCGCACCGGACCGGCAACGGCUACAACCACUACAUGAUCCAGCGCGAGUGGUGGUACUGGAUCUUCACGUACCUGGAGCGGAACGUGCGCGGGCCGGUGCCGCGGCGCUACGACUGGCCGCUGCCGUGGCCGCGCACCAAGCUGUUCAGCCGCCUCAGCUAGUGACGCGCGCGUCCGCCGUCGCCGCCCCCGCCGGAACGCGUAUGACGCUCACCUUCUGCGAAUGCCGCUUCAGCACCUGCAGCUCCUUUGGGCUGGUGCGCGUGCAGAUGGCUAAGGUGAGCGUGUAGUCGAACUGAUGGACGAUCAAGUUCAGGUAGACGGUCUCCUCCCAAUCGAUUUCGGGAUCGCCGAUUGGCAGCUUCUUGGAAUCCUUGCGGAAGACCUCGACGUCAGUCUGCGAACAAGCCGGCCGGCGAUGUAGCGGUUAGCCUCGAAAGCCUAGAGUGUGCGUGUCGCGGGCCCCCGUGCCCUUGAGCCCCGCGAGCCCCGCGAGGUCCACUCGCCCACAUGUGAUACACGAUAGACUCUGAGCGUGCCGCGAGUAGCGACCUCCCUAGCGCAAACUGUUCUAUUUAAUAAUACCUAAGACCUCUGUAUGCUUUUAUUGUUAAUAGAUUAAGAGAUCAAAUUUUAAUUGACGAUGAACAAUAACGAAUGAUCAAUUACUAUAAUGAACUGUCAACUGUUGAAAAAUUGAAAUGUUUGUUUUGUAAUUGUAUAUUUUAUAAGUGGUUAUAAUCAAUCUCGAGUCUAACAAAGAACAUACUAUUUAUUAACAAAAAUAUACUGUGAUUCGUUUUUAAAUAACGUUGACUGAGUGCGAGCAUGGUGGAGUGGUUGUAUUAGUGCAUACUACCAAGUACAUUCUUGUUGUAAUAGCAGCCUAUUGUAAGAAAUAAUAUUUUUAUAUUGUUUAAAAUAAAGUACAUUAUAACUGUUGUAAAGCAGACUUUUGUAUUUCCAAAUAAUAUUUCUCGUAGAAUUUGAUAAUUUUAAUCCGUAUGGUGCUAAAUCUAGGAUCUUGUUAGCGAAGUUCAAUGAACAUAAGGCAAGCCUAUACGCAAAACGACAUUGGAUAACGAUAGCCAGAAACUAAACACUUUCGUCAUUUGUAGCACAAACUGAAUUCGAAUACACCAUUAGCCGUUAGAAUCGGAAAAAUUUUGACAUACGUCACAAUGCAAGCUAAAUAAUACUUAGGUUUGUGUACUAUUGAAAUUGAAUAUUGAUGUUUAGUAAGAACUAAUUAUACGAUAACCGUCUCGUAUCUUAAUAUGUAAAGUGUUUAUCUUCGCGUAUUUGUUAAACCCGAAUGAUAACGUUAAAUCGAAAUUAGAUAGAAAACAUUGCAUUUAUACAUUAUUUUUUUUGUUUCUACACGUGUUUUAAAUAAACAUUGCAAUGUAUCAUUGUCGUCUAUGUCGUAUAAGCAAGCAGGAACUUAAAUCUAAAUUGUAGUCGGCCUUACUGUUUUAUAGUUUAAGUAACAUGAUCUGUAGCAACGCACUGUAACACAACCAAAGUGUAACUUUGUAUCGAAUCCAGAAUAAAUGUUCGCUAAAAGUGUACUUUACUCGUUCCACUUUGGUGGCGUCGCACGGAGCGUGCACAUAACGCAGGUUGCCGGGUAUACGAUACUCACUUCGUACUUAGGCAGAUAACGGGAGGACCCUUUGACGUGUCGCUUGCGGACAAAAAACAGCAGAUCGUCGCAGUCUAUGGACUGCUCCUCUUGGAACAGAAAGUGGCGCACGAACAGGUCGGUCCAGUACGUCGUCCCCUGUAGCACUACGAAGCCGGAAUCUGAAAAGUCACACUUAAUACUAUCUCGUUUCUACUUUUCUUUGCUAUUUUUAAUCUCUAUUUACUGCUACCGAGUCCACGGCCAGUGUAGUUACCUAAAGUCAAGUGCCUUCGAGGAUUGUUUACCCUGAACUAUUAGAUUGUAUAUAAUGAACUUAUAUGGCUGUUUUAAUAUUUCAUUUGUAAAAAAAAAA